AUACGUGGACUGUGUCUAGACGUAUUUCAGUUAGUUCGGUCUCGAUACUUGACUGCGAAAUACUUAAAGCACGCAGUGAGUUUCUUUAUUCGACGUUCAAAAAUUUGAAUUUUGAAAUGGCGAUUUACGAAACGCUGCAAAAAUACAUUUCUGACUUCAUCGAUUCCAUGUACACUAUUUCAAUCACAGCAGGCGAGAUUCAAUUGCAAUCGAAUAUGAAAAGUCUACGCGAGGCACUCCGAGAUGACAAAAUCGAUACAUCGACCGUGGGCCGAUUCUAUUUAUCAAACUGCUUAUGGUUCGCUGUGCUGGACCAAGACACAGCGGCGGUACGGAAACUGAUAAAGCACAAUCCUGAUCUUAAUUUUACAAGAUCCGAUAUCAAUAUGUUGUGGAUGUCGAUAAUUCGCCGUAACAGAGAUAUUGCAAAAAUAUUAAUUGAAGAAGGUGCCGAUGUGAACGUAAGCAUAGCCACAGAUGGACCAAGCUUUUUACACUAUUUGGCUACAAUGGAUGAUGAGAAAAAUAGUUUAGAAUUGGCUAAAAUGAUGAUUGAGAGAAACGCGGAUGUUAAUGCUUACAUGGGUAAAUUCAGUGUUCUUGAAACUGCGGUGAUACACGGGGCUGUGCCUUUUGUCGAAGAAUUGCUUCAACAUGGUGCACACUUUCAGGAGAGUUUUCUUGUUCUUGAGGCUGCUCGGAGUUCCAAAUCGUCUGAGUUACUGCCGAUUAUUGUUAACAGUAUUCAUGACCCUGAUGAUCAGCUUCAGCUAGUCGUCGGUAUUCUACUUCAUUUGAUUGAAAAAGGUGAUAACAAUGUGAUCGAAAUAAAGGCUUUAUUGAGGCUCGAUUUGCCUAUCUUGGAUUUGGAUGUUAGUGGUUGGACAAUUCUCCGUUUUGCUGUGUAUUACAAAAACAUUAAAGCGGUACUACUAUUAUUGAGCCACAGUGUUGAGGCGAACGAAAAGAUGGGCGAACAGCCACUACUUUGGCCAGAGUCUAAUGUGACUUUGAACGCGGCUCAUAAAUUGGUUAUCAAACAUCUUGCUACUUUGGUUUUCAACAAAAUUGAUAUUCAUGAGAGCGAUUUAGAUAAGAUAAAUGACUGUCCGAGAAGGUCGGCUUAUUACCAAAAAUGCUUGAAUCGCUUAUAUCAUAAACAAUGAUAUUUUUAACGAUAUGACAUAAUCAUGCAAAUUUUGUGUAAACGUAAUAAUCGAGGUGAAUGUGUAUCUAUAUUAAUAUAGGUAAUUACAAGGGUUAACGACUUUUUUUAUGAAAAUGGAAAGAAUAAAAACUUUAGUAGUUUUUUCAUUGACUAAGUGAAAGUUUGUUAUCGGAAUUUCGUAUUAUUUUAAUAAUGAUACAAUUACAAUUUUGAACUUUUUCGAUCUAUUUGUCAUUCAAAUAAGUAUUUGUUUCAUUGUAUAAAUUUUCAAAAUAUAGCUCGGUAUCCUAAUAGAGAUUAGUUUUUGCAGUCCAAAAAUCUCGCUAUUUUGAGCUAAAAUGUUGUAAAUAUGUUUAUUAUUAUAAGAAAAUUUGGUAAAAUAUCUUGUACUGGUUUGUUUACUGAAGAACUAUAUAGUUUAAUAAUAAUUUAAUAUACAAACAGAAUUAAAACCGUUAAAACUUUUUGUAUAAUAAAA